AUGACGAGAAAAGGUCAGAGCACAAGUAGUUCAAAGCAAUUUGAAAACGCAACUAACGAAAGCAAAAAAGCAGGAAAUGCUAAGAGAAUAUCCAUUAUCAUCUUUAGGUCGUUGGUGUUUCAUCCAAAUGGAAACAAAAACAAGAAUAAAGCAGGCAACUAUGUUUCUGUGUAUCUGAUGAUGGCGGAGGCAACCUCACUUGCCCCUGCAGGUUGGGAGGUCCAUGCUGCUUUUCGGCUCUCUAUUUGCUUGAUCAAAACAACGAAAGUUACUUGGAGAAAGAAUCAAGUUUUCUUAAUUACAACAACAGAUACAUCCAGUGAAAAGGGAAGAAGAUUCCAUGCAAUGAAGGUGGAAUGGGGAUUUGAUCGAUUCAUGAGCCAAGAAGCUUUCAACAAUCCAGAAAAUGGGUAUGUUGUAGAUGACAAAUGUGUCUUAGGAGCAGAGGUUUAUGUAUGUCAAGAAAAGAUCCGAGGUAGAGGGGACUGUCUGUCCAUGGUGAAAGACCCCAUUAGCUAUAAGCACACCUGGAAGAUCGAAAAGUUCUCUGCUCUAACUGCAGAUUGUGAAGACUCUGAGACCUUCAUGGCAGGAGAACAUAAAUGGAAGAUCCAAUUAUACCCCAAGGGAAAAGGGAGUGGUACUAUACUUGACACUGGCAGAACCAAGCAGCCUUUCUCAGGAUAG